AUGCAUUCGACCAAGGAUAGUGACAACGUCAAGGAGGCGACUUGCAAAGACGAACAACCUGUCAACCAAGCCGAGAAACGACGAGUGGAAGAAAGCGAGGAUGAAGAAGAGGAACUUGAUGAAUUUGGAAGAGUCAAACGUCGACGACAAAAGUUCAAGAGUGAACGUGAUCCUGCCACCAGAGAGGAAGGCGAGUAUGAUGAUGAAGAUGAUAUAGACGACUAUGAGGAGGAUCGUUAUGCACGUCGUCGUCACCGAUCACGCCACAGAGAAUCAUCACCUUAUCGACGACGACGUAGUUCAAGUCGACAUCGUAGUAGCAGCCGUCGACGUCGUAGCACCAGCCGAAGACGUAGCUAUCAUCGAUCCUCAUCACGAUACGGCUAUUCCGGUUCUGAGAGCGAUGAUGAUGAUUACUAUCGCAGCAGCAGCAGAAGACGACGACCCUCCUAUCACCGUGAUUCACGUUAUCACUAUCGUGGCCGUUCUCGAGAUACGUACGACCAUGCAGGAAGAUACAUUGACACCGAAUUUUACUCUACAAAGGUCUAUAUUGGUGAUUUGGAAGGCGUGUCUCGAGAUGGUCUUGAACGAGCCUUUUCUCGCUAUGGAUCCAUACGUGAAAUCAAGAUGGUGGAAGGAAAAGACUAUGCAUUUGUCACCUAUGAGGAUAAAACCAGUGCUCUUGAUGCCAUCCAAGGCAUGCAUGGUGUUCUAUUGGGUUCGAGAAAUAUCAAAGUCAACCGGGCGAAAAUACCGGAGCGUAAUCAAGUCGGUUUCGGAAAUGUGCCUUGGACGGAUGAAGAUGGGAAUCUCGCAAAAGAAGAAAUGCAGAGUUAUCCAGCAAGUCGGGAUAUGCUGUCCCUUGCUGCACCAGGAGAAGAUCUCAAUACCCAACCGCCGGUCGGUCGUGCAUUGACCAGUUACGACGAUUUGUAG